UAAGAGCGCGCAGUAGCCGUGUGAGACAAAUUGAGACAACCAAUAAGAGAUGUUGGUUGUUUUAUUGAAGUUAAGACCUUACGAACAGGUAUUCUUUUCCCUGAAGUGUGCACCAUGCGGAGCUUGGCUGAAGCCAUGUCACCUGGCAGGCCUUUCAAAUAAACGAUUUCCCCCCCCGGAGGAUAAUAAUUUUGGAAGAAUGCGGUUCUGUAACUGGAUAUACUAGGCCCUCGUUUUUUCCAGUCAAGUUCUAACACUGAUGAGGAAGGUCACAAAUAAGGUCGACCUGUAUCUGUAACUAUGGCUACCACUGAGGCCAAGUCACUGCUGGACAGCAUGGAGGUGAGGGAUGAGUGGCAGGAUGAAGACUUUCCCAGACCACUCCCGGAGGAAGGUGAAAUGGAGUCAUCUUGUGGCCUUAAUGAUGACAGAACAUCUCCACCAAACUCCCUUCAUCUGGGUGGGGCAGGAGUGUCAGCAUCCCAUCGGAAGCGUCGCACCUUAGUGGCUCCAGACAUGAACCUUUCUCUGGACCAAAGUGAAGGAUCACUGCUCUCUGAUGACUUCCUGGAUACACCUGAUGACCUUGAUAUCAACGUGGAUGAUAUUGAGACACCUGACGACGACUCUCUUGAGUUUGUCCCUAACGGCAAUGACCUUGAGUGGGAGGAUGACACCCCUGUUGCAAAAACCUCGGCGGAAGGAGCAGGAGCUGAAGUGGAGGAUGAGGACGGCGCAGGUGGAAAUGGACGACUCUGGAGAACGGUGAUCAUUGGGGAGCAGGAACACCGUAUUGACAUGCAGGUCAUUAGGCCAUACUUGCGUGUCGUAUCUCACGGAGGUUACUAUGGAGAAGGAUUGAAUGCCAUCAUUGUGUUUUCUGCGUGCUACCUACCUGACAGUAGCUGUACGGAAUAUCACUACAUCAUGGAAAAUCUCUUCCUGUAUGUGGUGAGCAGUCUUGAGAUGCUGGUUGCGGAGGACUAUUUGAUUAUCUACAUGAACGGAGGCACACCACGGAGUAAGAUGCCAGGCAUCGGAUGGCUUAAGAAGUGUUAUCAAAUGAUUGACAGAAGGCUAAGAAAGAACUUAAAAUCUCUCAUCAUCGCUCACCCCUCCUGGUUCAUUCGCACAGUGGUGGCCAUUUCCAGACCUUUCAUCAGCGUGAAGUUCAUGAACAAGAUUCGCUAUGUGCACAGCUUAGAGGAACUGGAGCAGCUCGUCCCCAUGGAGCAUGUGCAGAUUCCCGAGUGUGUCGUUCAGUUUGAAGAGGAAAGGAUUAAAGCACGGAAAGAAAGACUGGAACAGGAGCAAAAGGAACAACAGAUAAGGCAACAGCAGCAGCAAGGCCCAGCUAAAUCCAACUCAGAGAGGCCUAAAUCUAUAAUUGGGGACCAAGGAUUGUGAGAGGAAUCGGAUCUCAAAUGACCCAUUAGGAACACCUCUUUCAAAAUGCUAUACCACAGCGCCAUAUAUCCAAGUUCCACCACAGGACAUGCCUCUGUUCGGCCAUGGUUUGCCAAAUAGGAGCAUUCAUCUGAAGAUCCGUGUGACAGAUUGGAGCAUUGCUUUUAGCACCUAUUCUCCAAGCUUCCAUUGCCUUGUCAUUAGUGAAAUGUUAUUUUUAUAUAUUUCCUUAAUGUGUAAAUUGUUAUGGCCAAGUUUCUCUCUGUUUUUUAUUUCUCAGUAUCAUAUGCAUGUUGACCUUAUUGCUGUAUGUCAUUUGAAGGCACAUGCACUGAUAGACCAGAACAGAUUGUUUAUUUUUUGUCUUUAUUGAAUGGCAUUAUAGGGACUUUACUGUAUAGCUGCUUUGUUCAAUAUGUUAUUGAAUGUAUGUAUUAUUUGCACAGAUCAAGUGCAUCUUAAAUUAGUCCUUUUAUUACCUGCUUAUUUCCAUUUAUGUUAUGCUUUUUUGGCAUGGAUUUUGAUGUUCUGACAAGUCCUUAACAAGGCAAGUUUUCCAGUUGUAUUCCAUACAUAACAAAGUGAGCUAUGUCACCAGCUGUGGAAUACAACACUAUUAAACAAAAAAACAUUAAAAACAAUCAUCAUUGUAAAAGUACUGACAAAGGAAAAAAUUAAACAGCACAGCAAUGCAAUCUGCUGGAUAUGGGCCUCUUUUGGACUUGUGAAUUACUAGAAUAUGCUGGUGCCUCUGUAUAGCUUGACUAUUGAAUUCUGAAUAUGAAUCACAACUGUUGUAAACAGCGAAUAUAUCCUUUAGUUUUGGAUAAAGAUAUGUGAUAUGGUACUGCAAAAAAUAAAUGCUGUCCAGUCAUUUCUUACUGCUUCUCACAAAUGUUGAAUGUGACCAUUUUGGUUUGAUUAAAACAAGAUUACUCUUUUAA